AUGCUCAGACUUUUCACCAGACGUUUGCUUAGUUCAUCACUGAUUGCCAGAAAUGCUGCACCUAAGCCUGCUGCUGCCGCUGCUCCUUUGAAUAUCUCCAGUGUUCCAGAAGGCACUCCAUUGAAUCUCCACAUAAAGAAGUCUGGUAAAGAACCCCUUGCCAAGAAGGAUGAAGAAUACCCAUCUUGGUUGUGGGAGCUACUUGAUGAAAAGAAACAGGUGGAUAACUUGAAAAAUGAUCCAAUUAAGCUCAAGAGAAAAGAAAUGAGAAAGUCGAAUAUAAAGAAGAUCAGAUACAAUAACUUCUUGACCCAGUUGUGA